GUAAUCAUGAGCGGUACAGCUGCGGGGAGCGGGUACGUGUGUCCUGACACCGCCCCUGACCCGGUAGUGGGGAGGGUGGGUUACAAGCUGAAUAUGCGGGUGAAGGCUUCAGCUCACAGCGAUCAGGAUGUAGCCUGGUAUUUGGAAGGCAAGCGGUUGAUGCGACGUGUAAAAAGCGGGAGGAUUACUUAGAAUGGCGUGAAUAUUUUAUGGCGGUUGCCUUUUUAUCAGCACAGAGAAGUAAAGAUCCAAGUUCUCAGGUUGGAGCAUGUAUUGUAAAUACAGAGAACAAGAUAGUUGGUAUUGGUUAUAAUGGAAUGCCUAAUGGCUGUGAUGAUGACAUUCUUCCGUGGGCUAGAACAGCAGAUGACAGGCUUGACACUAAAUAUCCAUAUGUUUGUCAUGCAGAACUGAAUGCCAUUAUGAACAAAAACUCUGCUGAUGUCAAAGGCUGUACCAUGUACGUAGCUCUAUUUCCAUGUAAUGAAUGCGCUAAGCUCAUCAUUCAGGCAGGUAUUAAAGAUGUGAUAUACAUGUCAGAUAAGUAUCAUGACACUCCAGAAAUGAAAGCUUCAAGACACCUGUUUGAUCUUGCUGGGAUCAAAUGCACGAAUUUUGUACCCAAGCUGAAAAAAGUAGUCAUUGACUUUGAUUCAAUCAAUAACACCAGGAGGACUCCUGAAGACUUGUAGAAUCGUUUCGAUGACAACCAAUGAAAAGUUACUUCUGGUGAUGAAGAAAUGUCUCCAAAGACCAGUAAAUACUUGCUUAACAGUUCUGUUCCACAUACUGACAGGCCUAAAGAUGUGACAAAUGCUUUUGUUACUUGGCUGCAGUGAUGGUACUAGUAUUGCUUCUUUACUUGGCAUGGACUCUGGACUGACUUGUCUGUAGUAUUCUCUCUGUAAAAGUAUAUCCCAUUUUUAAAAUGUUUUUAUUAGGUGUACAGGGCAUAAAUUUCAGUGAUUUUGGGUAAAUCUGUUCUUAAAGGGUUGGCUCGUUGCUAGGAAAUGCCACCCACGUCAGAUUGCACUCCCUUGGCUCUUUUCGGAACUCCCAUAGAAAUGAAUGGAGAAUGUGGAGCUCUCCCCUUUUUGCUUUGGGAGCCCCGUUCUAGAGAGGUGCAGCUCC